AGCGGCGCGCUUCUCCCGUAGAGUCGUUCCGGCUGCAGCGGCGGAGGCUGGGCGAGGGGAGGAGGUGGCGCAGGCCAUGUGGCCGACCCUGCGUUACCUGGGCGGUGCCUGCGGUCGAGCCCCGGGCCGCUUUGCUGGGGGCUUCCUCCCGGCAAGUGAGCGGGCGUCCAGGGGGCCCGGGCUUCCGUGCGGGGGUGGCCGCAGCUCCAGCACCAGCUCAUUUGAUAUAGUCAUCAUCGGGGGCGGAAUUUUGGGGCUUGCCUCUGCCAGAACACUCAUCCUGAAGCAUCCCGGACUUUCAAUUGGUGUUGUGGAAAAGGAGAAAGAUUUAGCUCUUCACCAGACUGGACGGAACAGUGGUGUCAUACAUAGUGGAAUUUACUAUAAACCAGAAUCUCUGAAAGCUAAAUUGUGUGUAGAAGGCGCCGCCCUCAUCUAUGAGUACUGUAACCUCAAGGGAAUUCCCUACAGGCAAUGUGGCAAGCUAAUAGUAGCUGUUGAACAAGAUGAAAUUCCCAGACUUCAGGCUCUGUAUGAGAGAGGUCUGCAGAAUGGAGUCCAAGGCUUGAGACUGAUCCAGCAAGAGGAAAUAAUAAAGAAGGAACCAUAUUGCAGGGGUCUAAUGGCUAUUGAUUGUCCAUAUACUGGCAUUGUGGACUAUCAACAGGUAGCUCUGUCAUUUGCCCAGGAUUUCCAAGAUGCAGGUGGCUCUAUCUUGAAAGAUUUCGAGGUAAAAGACAUUGAAAUAGCUAAAGAAAGCCCUUCCAGAAGUAAGGAUGGGGUGGACUAUCCAAUUGCUGUCAAGAAUACCAAGGGAGAGGAAGUUCAGUGUCGCUAUGUUGUGACAUGUGCAGGACUGUACUCAGACCGUAUUUCGGAGUUGAGUGGCUGCAAUCCUGAUCCUCAAAUUGUCCCAUUCCGGGGAGAUUACCUCAUCUUAAAGCCAGAGAAGGGCUACCUUGUAAAAGGAAAUAUUUACCCGGUCCCGGAUAGCCGCUUUCCUUUCUUAGGAGUUCACUUUACACCAAAGCUGGACGGCACUAUUUGGCUGGGGCCUAAUGCGGUGCUUGCCUUCAAGCGGGAAGGUUACAGACCCUUUGACUUCAGUACCAGAGAUGUUAUGGAAAUAAUUCUCAAGAGUGGUUUCAUUAAACUGGUGCUUCAGCAUUUCUCUUAUGGAGCAAAUGAAAUGUAUAAAGCCUGUUUUCUCAGUGAAACAGUGAAGCAUCUUCAAAAGUUCAUCCCUGAAAUCACCACCAGCGAUGUGCUUCGAGGUCCAGCUGGAGUACGAGCCCAGGCCAUGGACAGAGAUGGGAAUCUGAUAGACGAUUUUGUGUUUGAUGGAGGAGCUGGGGAGAUUGGGGAUCGUGUUCUCCACGUGAGAAAUGCGCCUUCCCCUGCCGCCACUUCUUCCCUGGCGAUUUCCAGAAUGAUAGUAGACGAAGUGCAACAGAGAUUUAAGUUAUGAACGAACAAUGAGGGAGCUGCUUCACAUUCCCUACACAAGCCACAGGGAUGUACCAGUUGUAUUUUAAAUCAUAAUUUAAGGAAUUGAUAGUAAAACUAUACUUUUUAGGCUAAAAUAACCACUGACUUAUUAAUAGGAGAUAACAGAUAUAAUUUUUAAAAAAAUUCUUAUGAGCACAGAAGUGAAGUGCUCUAUACCUGUUCUGAAACCUCGAGUUUGUUAGAGAUUUACCCAGCCCACUGUGAUUUAGGAAGGGCUCCUAUAGAACGUUUGGGAAGUCGACAUAAAAAUGGACUGUUCCCUAAAUCAGUGUUUGGCUUUAUAAUUUUUUUUUCUUUCCUGGAAAAAAAUAUGUCACAAUAUAUUGUGGGGUGUGACAUUCUUUUAAUCUGAAGAGUCAGGAAAGCUUACAUUAUUUAGUGAUGUUUUUAUGUGGAAACUGAAAAUGCUUGAUUUAAAAAAAAAUAGAUGAAAUUUCACAUUUCUAAGUAGCACAAAACCAACUCAGUCUUUAGUGUCAGUCUCUUUGUAAGUGUCUUUAUCAUGUGGCAUCACCACUCCAUCUGAAGAGCAGUGUACCCGUGUGCUUGCUGCUUACACGACAGUUUCCUAUGGCCGAGAGGUGGAAGUCCCUACGAGGACUAUGAUUUUUAUAAGAGCAGUUUAAAUCCUGACACUGGGUGUAGCAUUAUUUCACGCCUCUGUCCUUUGGUCACACUAAGGUUCCCAAGAUGUUAGCCAGGAUUACCGAUGAUUCGUACCUACCUGGAUUUUCAGAAUUCCUAUAAACUUUGUGAGGCCAUUUCUCCAUUUUUGGUUAAUAUCUGACUUGGAGGCAUUCACUUUUGUAAACCGCGAAAGUGCCUUACAUUCUUUAUAUGUACUUCAUGAACAUGUUGAGUUGGUGCCAAGUGCCAUACUGAAUACUCGUGUGUGUGUGUGUGCCAUAUUGUAUACUGUAUGUGUGUGUGUUUG